UUAAUAAUAAUAAUAAAAUAAUAAUAAUAAUCAAUCAGAAAGCCAAUAUCUGGUUGAGCAUCUUCAAAUAUAGGUGAAUAAGGGAAUAGCUAGCUGUGGUAUAUCAUAGACGACUUCUAACCAAUUGAUUGCCCUUGACACAUUAGUGUGGCUUCCUCUCCUUAGUUAGUUCGUAACAACAAAUAAAUUCAUCAUCAUCAUCAUCAUCAUCAUUACUCAUUCAUUCAUUCAUUCCUUUAAUUCCUUUAAUUCUUUUAUAAAACUAAAGUAACAGCUCAUAUCACUAUCCAUUAUCAAUAGACAAUCCUUAAAUAUCAUUAUUAACCUUUAUUUAUUAUUAUAUAAUAUCAAACUUCUAUUCAUUAAUAUAUUAUAGAAAUAACAAUGGGGACAUUUAAUUAUAAUGAUAAUUCUAUUGAAGGUGAUGUCUAUAUACAGAGAUUAGCUACCUAUAUUCGAAGAAAUGAAGAAGCAUUGGCUAAUGGUCUACUAUGUUUUUCAAAAAAUAAGAAUUCUAAUUUAAAAGUUAAACCAUUACGACUUAAUUUUACUAUUCAUCAUUUGUAUUAUAUUACAGAAAGAAUUGAGAAUUCAAAUUUAGGAGUUGACGUUGGUCCAUUAAAUGUUAAAUUAGAUAAUCCAAAUCAUGAACCAACUUUUAUUUCUUUUAUGGCUAAUAAUGCUCGAUCAUCAAAACAUUUUGAUAGUGAUACUCGAUCAAUUUCUUCCAUAAAUUCUAUGAAAUCAAUUGUUUCUAGCGCUUCUGUUUAUUGGCGUUCAUUUGCAUUUAGUAAAGAUCCAAAAAUUAUUAAUAAAGAUAUCAAAUAUUUGUAUUCAUCAUUUACUAAAAUACCUUGUUUGAUAUUAACUCCUAAAACUAAAAUAAAUAGCAUUAGUUCUUAUGAAGAAUAUCCAUGUGAUACAUCAGUUCCAGUAAAAAUGUUUAAAAAUUUACAAGUUCUUGAAAUAGUUGAUUAUGAACCUAAUGAAAUAUUCGGUUGGCAUAUUCUCAGUGAACAAUUAAGAAUAUUAAUUGUAAAAAAUUCUAAAAUUGCAACUAUUGAAGAAAUCUUAUUUAAUUUAGUAAUUGAUGAUGAUUUAGGUAGAAGUAGUUUUAGUACUCAUAAACCAGCAACAAGAAAAUAUACUGAUAUAUUUUCAAAUGGUACAUCUACAGCAGAUGAUAGUUUUAGUACUAUUAACGAAGUUAAUGAAUUCCCACCUUUCAAUAAUAAUGCAUUCAGAUAUCCAAAACGUGAAAGAGCAACAACAACAUCUGGUGUUACUGGAAGUGGAGCUGGCUCUAGUUCUUUACCUAAAGAUCUGUUCUUUCAUGACAAUAAUCAAUUUAUUGCAAACAUUAAUGAGACUUUACCACAUUCAAACAAUUUAAGUCGUGAUUAUAUGAAAUUACCUGAUUCAAAAUGGUCAUUUUUGAAACAAUUAACAGUAUGUGAAACUUCAAUAAUCACAAUUCCAUCAUUUAUAUUUAGACCUCUUGGAAAUCUAGUUAAAUUAAAUUUAUCAAAUAAUUUAUUGCAAGAUUUACCUGAUGGAUUAGAUCAAUUGGUAAGUAUAAAAUAUAUUAAUUUCUCCGAUAAUUAUAUUACUAGUUUAAAGAAAUUACCUAGUAAUUUAAAAUAUUUAUCAACUUUAAAUUUCAAUAAUAAUAAAAUUGUUGAUUUACUGGGAUUAGAUUCUCUUUAUACUUUAGAAAAGAUUGAUCUAAGAAGAAAUGAUUUAGUAGAUUUGAAAAGUUUAAAACCAAUAGUAUUGCAUUUUAUUAAAAAAUCUGGAAAAUUCGAUAAUGUAUAUUUAUCAGGAAACAAAUUACCAAAGACUUAUAGAAGUGAUCUUUUUAAUUUAUUUAAUGGGGUCAAAUAUAAAAAUAAUAUGAAGAUUGAUGAUUCAAGACCAGGAUAUUUUGAGAGUGCCUUGUUAUUGGAUGCUGAAUCCGCUUUUAAGAAUUUAGAGAAGUUUUUCUCGGAUCCAACUGAUUCUGAAUCUACUAAAGGACCCACCACUCCGGCCAAUAAUCAAUUGAAUUCAUCAAACAAAAUAGAAAGAACUGAUGAAGAUCCUAUACCAAAUUCUCAUACACAUGUUCAUGCACAUGUUCGUUCAAGUACUUUAGAUACAUUAUUAGAGCCAUUUACUGGAUUAACCAUCUCAACAGAUACAAGUCGUGAUGAAAAUUCGGAUAUUAAAAAGAGAUUUGAAUUAUCUCAUAAUACUAUAACAACUUCACCAACUAUAAUACAUUCUGAUUCAGCUAGUAUUAAUUCAAUUCAAAAAUCAAGUUCACCAUUAAGUACCAAUAAUAAUCUAACUAAUAAACCUACUGAAAUGGGGAAACCUCUUAAUAUAACUGUUCAUUUAGGUAAUCCAAAUUCUGGCCCUAAUAGUCCAUCAACAAUAAAGAAAUCAUCAACAUUAGCUCAAUUAGAUAUAGAAAGUUCAACAGCAAAUACAACUGCACCUAGUAUAGUUACACCAGUUCAAGUUACUGCAAGAAUGAGUACUUGA